CGCCACAGUUUGAUUUUAAGCGUCGGUCACUGCAGUACCACUCGUGCGGAACUUGUGCCCGUCUAAAGCUACGAGUGCAGUAGUCUACAGAAAUACGUUAAAGAAAUACAGAAACAUAAAAGCAGAGUGCUUUUUGGAAAUAGCCGAUGUUGAUCACACUAUUAGGCACUCUGGCAGCAUUUCUCGCGUUCAUCUUAACCCUGAUCUUUGGCCGGGGCCAGAAAAGACCAGUCCACGCGGCCACCACCAAAGGCGAAAGAGAAACAGAAACUACAACACCGAUUAAUCCCAACUCCAGCGUGAUUGCCGCUACAGCACCACCAGUCGCAGUCACAGUUACAGUCACAGCCACAAGCAGUUUGUCGUCGUCCACAAAGGGAGGAGCAGGAGACGCAACAAAGCUGAACGAGAAGCGAUUCCCAAAAGGGGCCAGUAUCAAGAAGGUACAGUUCUCCAGCGAAAGCCUUAAAUCGGAGGUGGAUAUUGCCUUGUCCGAUCUGAGCUGUCACCAGAACCACAACCACAACAACAACACAACCGUUAUCAAAAACAAAAACAACAACAGCAUUGUCGACAUCAGCAAGAAAACAUCAGACAAGAUGAGUGAGGAAACAAAUGCAGCUUCCGGCACGGAUGCUGAGCGUCCAAGCUUCUUGGUGGGCGAUGAGAUUGACGAGAAGGCAGCAGAAGCUGGAGAAGCUGUGGACGAGUUCCCUCAGAAGAUGCAGAACGAUGCCCGGCCGAAUGGCGAUAUAUCGGAGAAACGCAAGAGAUUGAGACCGAGCAUGUCCCGAGGCACUGGCUUGGGCCAGGAUCGCCAUCAGGAUCGGGACUUUCUUAUAGCCACCACCGAGGAGUUUGUGAAGCGUUUCGGCGGUACACGUGUCAUAAAUCGCGUCCUCAUUGCCAACAAUGGCAUUGCGGCUGUCAAGUGUAUGCGUUCCAUUCGCCGAUGGGCCUACGAGAUGUUCAAGAACGAGCGAGCCAUUAAAUUUGUGGUGAUGGUCACGCCAGAGGACCUGAAGGCGAAUGCCGAGUACAUCAAGAUGGCCGAUCACUAUGUCCCCGUGCCCGGUGGCUCCAACAACAACAACUAUGCGAAUGUUGAGCUCAUUGUGGACAUUGCACUUCGCACUCAAGUGCAGGCCGUCUGGGCUGGAUGGGGUCAUGCCUCGGAGAACCCAAAGUUGCCGGAGCUGCUGCACAAGGAGGGUCUGGUGUUCCUCGGGCCGCCAGAACGUGCCAUGUGGGCACUCGGCGACAAGGUGGCCUCCUCGAUUGUGGCCCAAACGGCCGACAUACCAACGCUGCCUUGGUCCGGUUCCGACCUAAAGGCACAGUACAGCGGCAAGAGGAUCAAGAUCACCACCGACCUCUUUGCCCGCGGCUGUGUGAACAAUGUGGAGCAAGGUCUGGCGGCAGUCGCCAAGAUUGGUUUCCCCGUGAUGAUCAAGGCAUCGGAAGGCGGCGGCGGCAAGGGCAUUCGUCGCGUGGACACCACCGAAGAGUUCCCCGCCCUAUUCCGUCAGGUGCAAGCGGAGGUGCCCGGAUCGCCCAUUUUUGUAAUGAAGCUGGCACGCGGCGCCCGCCACUUGGAGGUGCAGCUGCUGGCGGAUCAGUACGGAAAUGCCAUCAGUCUAUUUGGACGCGAUUGCUCCAUACAGCGUCGCCAUCAGAAGAUCAUCGAGGAGGCACCGGCCAUUGUGGCCCAGCCGGAGGUGUUCGAGGACAUGGAAAAGGCGGCCGUGCGUCUGGCCAAGAUGGUGGGCUAUGUGAGCGCCGGCACCGUGGAGUAUCUGUACGAUCCGGAGGGCAGGUACUUCUUCCUGGAACUGAACCCGCGUCUGCAGGUGGAGCAUCCCUGCACGGAGAUGGUGGCCGAUGUCAAUCUGCCAGCCUGCCAGCUCCAGAUCGGUAUGGGUAUCCCCCUGUACCGCCUUAAGGACAUUCGCUUGCUGUACGGCGAGUCGCCGUGGGGCUCCUCCAUCAUUGACUUUGAGAAUCCGCCGAACAAGCCGAUGCCCUCGGGACAUGUGAUCGCUGCUCGCAUCACCUCCGAGAAUCCCGACGAGGGCUUCAAGCCCAGCUCGGGCACAGUUCAGGAGCUGAACUUCCGCUCCAGCAAGAACGUGUGGGGCUACUUCAGCGUGGCCGCCUCCGGUGGAUUGCACGAGUUUGCUGACUCGCAAUUCGGUCACUGCUUCUCCUGGGGCGAGAACCGGCAGCAGGCACGCGAGAAUCUCGUGAUUGCCCUCAAGGAGCUGUCGAUCCGUGGCGAUUUCCGCACCACUGUCGAGUACCUGAUCACGCUGCUCGAGACGAAUCGCUUCCUGGAGAACACCAUCGACACGGCCUGGCUGGAUGCGCUCAUAGCCGAACGCGUGCAGUCCGAGAAGCCGGACAUACUGCUGGGCGUCAUGUGCGGAGCUCUGCACAUUGCCGAUCGCCAGAUUACCGAAUCCUUCUCCAGCUUCCAAACAUCUCUGGAGAGGGGACAGAUCCAGGCGGCCAACACCCUAACGAAUGUGAUAGACGUGGAGCUGAUCAACGGCGGCAUCCGGUACAAGGUGCAGGCGGCCAAGAGCGGGGCCAACUCUUACUUCCUGCUGAUGAACAGCUCCUUCAAGGAGAUCGAGGUGCACCGCCUGUCCGAUGGCGGUCUGCUAAUCUCCCUCGAGGGCGCCUCGUACACCACCUACAUGAAGGAGGAAGUGGACCGCUACCGCAUCGUCAUCGGCAAUCAGACGUGCGUCUUUGAGAAGGAGAACGAUCCCUCGCUGCUGCGCAGUCCCUCGGCGGGAAAGCUCAUCAAUCUGAUUGUGGAGGAUGGGGCUCAUGUGGCCAAGGGCCAGGCCUUUGCCGAGAUCGAGGUGAUGAAGAUGGUGAUGACUCUCACCUCCCAGGAGGCCGGCACGGUGACCUUUGUGCGGCGUCCAGGCGCUGUCCUCGACCCCGGUUCCCUUCUGGGCCACCUGGAGCUCGAUGAUCCCUCGCUGGUGACCAAGGCGCAGCCCUGCAAGGGCCAGUUCCAUCAGGCCGAGAACGCGCCCAUUCCCGAGAAGCUGAACCGCGUUCACAACACGUACAAGAACAUUUUGGAGAACACCUUGGCCGGCUACUGUCUGCCGGAGCCCUUUAAUGCCCAGCGGUUGCGCGACAUCAUUGAAAAGUUCAUGCAGAGCCUGAGGGAUCCCUCGCUGCCGCUGCUGGAGCUCCAGGAAGUGAUUGCCUCCAUCUCGGGCCGCAUUCCCAUAUCCGUGGAGAAGAAGAUCCGAAAGCUGAUGACGCUCUACGAGCGCAACAUCACCAGCGUGCUGGCCCAGUUCCCCUCCCAGCAGAUUGCCAGCGUCAUCGACAGCCAUGCGGCCACCCUGCAGAAGCGCGCCGAUCGCGACGUCUUCUUCUUGACGACCCAGAGCAUUGUGCAGCUGGUGCAGCGCUACCGCAACGGCAUUCGCGGACGCAUGAAGGCCGCAGUUCACGAGCUGUUACGUCAGUACUACGACGUGGAGUCGCAGUUCCAGCACGGACACUACGACAAGUGCGUGGGUUUGGUGCGGGAGCACAACAAGGACGACAUGCUGACGGUGGUAAACACGAUAUUCUCGCACUCGCAAGUGGCCAAAAAGAACCUGCUCGUCACCCUGCUCAUCGACCAUCUGUGGGCCAAUGAGCCGGGCCUAACCGACGAGCUGGCUAACACCCUCAGCGAGCUGACGUCCCUGAACAGGGCCGAGCACUCUCGGGUGGCUCUGCGCUCACGCCAGGUGCUGAUUGCCGCCCACCAGCCGGCCUACGAGCUGCGCCACAACCAAAUGGAGUCGAUCUUCCUGUCCGCCGUGGAUAUGUACGGCCACGACUUCCAUCCGGAGAAUCUGCAGCGCCUCAUCCUCUCGGAGACCUCGAUCUUUGACAUUCUCCACGAUUUCUUCUACCACACUAACCGAGCCGUGUGCAAUGCCGCCCUCGAGGUGUACGUGAGGCGCGCUUACACUUCCUAUGAGCUGACCUGCCUUCAGCACUUGGAGCUGUCCGGCGGUCUGCCGCUGGUGCAUUUCCAGUUCCUACUACCCACUGCACACCCGAAUCGCCUGUUCUCGCGCAUGUCCUCGCCGGAGGGGUUGGACCAGGCAGCGGCCGAGACCAUGGGCAGCUCCUUUGUGCGCACCGGAGCGAUUGCCGCCUUCGAUUCGUUCGAGCACUUUGAGAUGUACUCGGACGAGAUUCUGGACCUGCUCGAGGACUUUGUCUCGCCCGCAAUGGUCAAUGCCAAGGUGCUGGAGGCCGUGGAGGCAGCCGACUCCAUCUCGGACAGCCGUCACAGCACCUCCAUCAACGUGUCGCUCUCGGAUCCCGUUACUCGAGCCAAUGCCGCCGAGGAGGCCAAGUCCACGGAGCCAAUUCACAUUGUGAGUGUGGCUGUGAGGGAGACCGGAGAGAUGGACGACCUGCAGAUGGCACAGAUCUUUGGGAAUUACUGCAAGGAGCACAACGAGGAGCUCUUCCAGCGCCGUAUCCGCAGGAUAACGUUCGCCUCAUUGAAGAAGCGCCAGUUCCCCAAGUUCUUUACAUACCGCGCCCGCGACAAGUUCGAGGAGGAUCGCAUUUAUCGGCAUCUGGAGCCGGCCUCUGCCUUCCAUCUGGAGCUGAACCGCAUGAAGACUUACGACCUGGAGGCACUGCCGACGGCCAACCAGAAGAUGCAUCUGUAUUUGGGUAGGGCGAAGGUGUCGAAGGGGCAGGAGGUGACCGACUAUCGUUUCUUCAUCCGCUCGAUCAUCCGCCACUCGGACCUCAUCACCAAGGAGGCAUCCUUCGAGUACCUCCAAAACGAGGGCGAAAGGGUGCUGCUGGAGGCCAUGGACGAGCUGGAGGUGGCCUUCUCCCAUCCGCACGCCAAGCGCACCGACUGCAAUCACAUCUUUCUCAAUUUUGUGCCCACCGUUAUCAUGGACCCGGCCAAGAUUGAGGAGUCCGUCACCAAGAUGAUCAUGCGCUACGGCCCCCGCCUGUGGAAGCUGCGCGUUCUUCAGGCUGAGCUGAAGAUGGUCAUCCGGCAGUCGCCGCAGUCGCCCACCCAAGCGGUGCGCCUGUGCAUUGCCAACGAUUCUGGGUACUUCCUGGACAUCUCCAUGUACACGGAGCAAACGGAGCCAGAGACGGGAAUUAUCAAGUUCAAGGCCUACGGAGACAAGCAGGGCUCCCUGCAUGGCCAUCCCAUUUCGACGCCCUACAUGACGAAAGACUUUCUGCAGCAGAAGCGCUUCCAGGCGCAGUCGAACGGCACCACCUACGUGUACGAUGUGCCCGACAUGUUCCGCCAGAUGACCGAGCGCCACUGGAAGGAGUUCUCAAACGCGCGGCCCUCUGUGGACAUACGCAUACCCGACAAGAUACUGAUUGAGUGCAAGGAGCUGGUUCUCGAGGGCGACACCCUCAUCGAGAUGCAGCGCCUGCCGGGCGAGAACAAUUGUGGCAUGGUGGCCUGGAGGAUUGUUCUGGCCACGCCUGAGUACCCGAAUGGGCGCGAGAUCAUUGUGAUAGCCAAUGAUCUGACCUACCUGAUUGGCUCCUUUGGCAUCAAGGAGGAUAUUCUCUUUGCCAAAGCCUCGCAGCUUGCGCGCGAAAGGAAAGUGCCCAGGAUCUAUAUAUCGGUAAACAGCGGUGCACGCAUUGGACUUGCCGAGGAGGUGAAGGCAAUGUUUAAGAUCGCAUGGGAGGAUCCCGAGGAGCCGGACAAGGGCUUCAAGUAUCUCUAUCUGUCCACCGAGGACUAUGCCCAGGUGGCCAAUCUCAACUCGGUGCGAGCCAUUCUCAUUGAGGAUGAGGGAGAGCAGCGCUACAAAAUCACCGACAUCAUUGGGAAGGACGAUGGCCUGGGCGUUGAAAAUCUACGUUAUGCUGGCUUGAUUGCCGGCGAAACGUCGCAGGCGUACGAGGAGAUUGUCACCAUUGCUAUGGUCACGUGCCGUACCAUCGGCAUCGGCUCGUAUGUGGUGCGUCUGGGUCAGCGGGUCAUUCAGAUUGACAACUCGCACAUAAUUCUCACAGGCUAUGCGGCCCUGAAUAAGCUGCUCGGUCGUAAGGUGUACGCCUCAAACAACCAACUGGGCGGCACACAGAUCAUGUUCAACAAUGGCGUGACCCACAAGACUGAAGCCAUCGACCUGGACGGCGUUUACACCAUUCUCGAUUGGCUCUCGUACAUUCCCGCCUACAUUGGCUGCGACCUGCCCAUCGUUUUGCCGUGCGAUCGCGUUGAUCGGCCCGUCGAUUUUAUGCCCACCAAGUCGCCAUACGAUCCGCGCUGCAUGCUGGCCGGUCGGGUGAAUCCCACCAAUGCCAAUGAGUGGGAGAAUGGCUUCUUUGAUCGUGAUUCGUGGAGCGAGAUUAUGGCCCCGUGGGCCAAGACAGUAGUCACGGGACGUGCUCGUCUGGGAGGUGUGCCUGUGGGCGUGAUUGCCGUGGAGACGCGGACUGUGGAGGUGGAAAUGCCCGCGGAUCCAGCCAAUCUGGAUUCGGAGGCCAAGACGCUGCAGCAGGCAGGUCAGGUGUGGUAUCCCGAUUCCUCCUACAAGACGGCCCAAGCCAUCAAGGACUUUGGCCACGAGGAGCUACCGCUGAUUGUGUUCGCCAACUGGCGUGGCUUCUCCGGCGGCAUGAAGGACAUGUACGAGCAGAUAGUCAAGUUUGGGGCCUACAUCGUCGACGGACUGCGAGAGUACAAGAAGCCGGUGCUCAUCUACCUGCCGCCCAAUGCCGAGCUUCGUGGCGGAGCCUGGGCUGUGCUGGACUCGUUGAUCAAUCCGCGCUACAUGGAAACCUAUGCUGAUCCUGAGGCCCGUGGUGGUGUCCUCGAGCCCGAGGGCAUUGUGGAAAUCAAAUACAAAGAAAAGGACCUCAUCAAGACGAUAAAUCGCCUGGAUGCGACCACAAUUGCUCUGAGGAAAGAACUCGAGGAGGCAACUGCUGCUGGGGAUAAAACGCUGGCAGCACAGGUGGAUGAGAAGAUCAAGUCUCGUAUGGCGAUGCUGAUGCAUGUCUAUCAUACGGUGGCCGUGCACUUUGCCGAUCUACACGACACUCCCGAACGCAUGCUGGAGAAGGAGUGCAUCAGCGAGAUUGUGCCAUGGCGCGACUCGAGACGUUGGCUCUACUGGCGCCUGCGUCGUCUCUUGCUGGAGGAUGCCUACAUCAAGAAGAUACUGCGCGCACAGGACAAUCUCUCUGUGGGACAGGCCAAGCAGAUGCUCAGACGCUGGCUGGUCGAAGAGAAGGGUGCCACAGAGGCAUAUCUGUGGGACAAGAAUGAGGAAAUGGUGGCCUGGUAUGAAGAGCAAACGAAUACAGAAUCUAUUGUCUCCCGCAAUGUGAGUUCCGUGAGACGGGAUGCAAUCAUUUCAACCAUUUCGAAAAUGCUCGAGGACUGUCCGGACGUAGCGCUGGACGCUGUGGUUGGUCUCUGCCAAGGCCUGACGCCCGUCAAUCGUGGGGUGGUCGUACGCACACUGGCGCAAAUGCAGCUGAACGAGGAGAACUCUAGCAAUACCCAGGGAUGAUUGUACG